AUGGGGCGGCUGAGCUGGCGCGCGCAGAUCGGCGGCCAGUACCCGGUCCGCUGGGGGUUCCAGCCGGGGCGUGAACACCACCACGCGGAUGGCGGAUCGGCUUGGCGCCAUAAUCGAUGUCGAGUUGCCCUGCCGCGACGUAUCGGGGAAACGUGCGCGAAUCGUGUCGCGGGUCUGGCGCUGCGCGACCGCCUCGAACGCGAUUCAUGCAGCGCGGCGACGAGCAGGAUCGACAGCACGCCGAGCGCGCCGACGAACAGCGCGAGCUGCCAUCCUAGGCGCGCGACGAUCGCGGGCGGUCAGCGCGAUGGUGACGGCGUUGGUCAGGAACAGCAACAGCGCACGCUGAACACCGUCCAGUUGGCGGUGGCGAUCCUGAAGCCGACCACGCCAGCGGCGGCAUCAGCGCGAUGGCGAUCGCUACGCCACCACCGGCAUUGCCGCCCCGGAUCAGCGCAUAGGCGCCCGCCACGGCGGAGAGCAGCGCGACGAGUGGUCGAACAGCGUGGGGGCGCGCGCCCGGCGAUCUCGCUGGUGAUGGUCUGCACCGGCGACAGGGUGACGAACACGACCGACCAGCGCGAUCGCGAUGACCGCCCCCGCGAUCAGGGCCGUGGCGGCGCGGCGCAUCUCGCGCGUGUCGAAGGUCGCGAUGCCGAAACCCAGCCCGAUGAUCCCGGCAUCAUCAACGGCGACAACAGCAUCGCGCCGAUGAGCACCGCGACCGAGGGCAUCAACAGCCCGAGCAGCGAGAUCGCGGCGGAUACGACGAUCAGAAAGGCAUAG